UUUAAUCCCAUUUAAUUUAAUAGAACGAAUCAACAGUUGAGCUUCUCUCAGCCGUAUCCGAUAUACAUAUACGGAUAUAUAUUUAUAUUUUUUGCGACAGUCUACAAAAUUGAAAUCAAACUUGCGCCAUGCACAAGAAACCCCCGAAACUGAACAAUGAGGAUCGGCAGAAUUUCGUGGCCACCCGGAUGAGUGUGCCGCUCUUCAUGCUGUCACGCAAUCGCAUCAGGGAGGACACACUGCCGCAGGUCAAGAAGCAGUUCAAGUUGGCCGGAAAGCAUUACAAUCAGGAUUGCAAGAAGGAGAAUCGCGGCGAGGGCGCCAGCAAGGCCACCUUCGACCACUAUCGCCACAUCACGGGCUAUGACAAGCUGCCAAAGAAUCCGUAUCCGGAGCGUCGCGCCCUGCGCAUCAGCCGCACCAUGACCACGUGGAAGGGAUGGCAGCUGCCGCCAAAUCACUAUGGAGUGCCACCGGUGCCGUAUCUCACGAAGAUGGGCUCCAAGGGGACACGGUUCGCCAAGCCGCACACAAAUCACAGCCGCGUCUCGAUCAGGCCGCCGCCAUUCAAGUUCUACGACCUUCCGGCGGAGAUCGAGCGCCUGUUCAAGCGGGACAACCUGCAGAAGGGCAUCUUCCUAUCGAAUGCUCGCGAUCGUCCAGCGACCACACGCUUCAUGGUCUGCAGCGAGACGGGCUGCUGGCGUAAUCCCAGCGAUCCGGGGCCCGCCGACACCCACACGAACAUCUACGAGGUGCAGAAGAACAUGGCGAAGGUGAAGAAGACCGCUCGCCCCAAUCCGCAUCUCUUUCUGCGCCAGUCGUGCGUCCCCACCAAGCCCAGCCUGAUGCUGCGGCGCCACAUCACAUUCGAGCCGGGGCCGGGGCGUUACGGAACCAGCUACGCGGACGCCUGUCCCUGUCCGUCGGGUAAGAUCAGCAAGCCGGGCCUGCAGCUGCUGAUUGACGAGCAGAAGCGCCUGAAGUUCCGCCGCUUGCCGUACAGGCGGAUCAAGAGGGAGCGCUACUGCGAGCCGGAUUGGGCUCACGUCAAGGGUGGGGGCCACAAGCACAUCUUCCUCAUGUCCAAGGAGGACCAGCCCAAGCCGAAGAAGAAGGAUGUCCUCGCCAAGAAGGAGGCCAAGAAGCCGGAGAAGGAGAAGCACCUCAACCUCUUCGCCGAUGCCAAGUACAUCAACAUGGUGACCAAUCCGUUGCACAUUCCCAUCUCGGUGCGGAACUUCCCGGUGCCCGAGUACGUGCCCAAGAUCGUCUACAACUGCGUGGCCAAGCGGGCGGUGCGGAAGCAGCUGAAGAACAACAAGAAGAUCGCCUUCAACAGCGGCCAGGAGCGUUGGAAGGAUGCCGAUCGCCCACUCCAGCUGACUGCGCGCCAGUUGGAGGCCAUCAAGGAGAGCCUGCCCGAGGAGCGGCGCCUCAUCGAUCACCCCGUGCUGCUGCCCUCCGCCCAGAUCACCGGCAAGCUCUUCCACGUCCCCGACCACCAGAAGGUCACCUUCAUGCCGAAGCUGCGCAAGCGUCUGUUCAAGUUCCUCCCGAUUCCCGGGGCCAAGGUCCUGGUCACCGAUGGGGAUAUACGCCCCAACAUUGUCUUCGAUCCGGAUCACCCAUCCGGCCUGUUCCGCCGCCAGCUGGACGAGAAGCUGUUCUUCAAGGACUCGGUGCUGAAGCUGCUGGACGCCAAGAAGAGCAGCGGAGAUUUGACGACGGCCGCGAGCAUGCUGAGCACGGCAUCCCACCAAACGACUGCUAAUGCCGAGGGCGCGGAGGAGGCCGGGGCCACUGAAGCCACCGAGGCUGUCGACGCUGCCGAGGAUCCCGGCCAGCGCACGGGCACGGUUGUCGUCUUCGAUGAGAAGAAGAACAGGUCCUCGCGCAUUUCGGUUCGCACUGGGUCCGCCUCCAAGCAGCCAGCUCGUGCUGGAUCUGCUUCCAAGGAGCCAGCUCGCUCGGGGUCCGCCUCCAAGGAGCCAGCUCGCACUGGAUCUGCUUCCUAGGGAGCUGCUGGCCCUGCUCCCUCCGACGGCUGAGGUCACAAUUAAAAUUUAACAAAGAUCCACGUUUACAUA